AUGUUCUCCUUGCCGCAGCUGGCUUUUGGCGCUGGGCUAUUGUGUCUCGUCUUCCUAUAUGCUCUGAGAGGGCCCAAGGGCAAACUGCCCCCUGGUCCUCCGGGGCUUCCCAUCGUCGGCAACCUGCUGGAGAUCCCCACCAAGCAGAUGUUCCUCAAAUUCGACGAAUGGGCAAAGAAGUAUGGCGACCUGUACACGGUGAACGUCGCCGGGAAGAAGAUCGUCGUCUUGUCAUCUGCCAAGAGUUCCGGGGACGUACUUGAUCGAAAGUCGGGCGCGACAAGUGGACGACCGAGGUUCGUUAUGGCCGGGGAAAUCAUGUGCCACAACCUUCUGUACAUGUUCAUGUCCCCUGGAGAGCAAUGGAGACGUCUCCGCCGAGUGACACACGAAGGUUUCAAUAUCCGCGCCUGCCAGGCGUACUACCCUUUCCAGGAACAGGAAGCUGCCAAUCUCGUCCGGUCCAUCAUGGCGGAGCCAACCGACCUAGGCCAGAAGCUGAAGCACGCCACGGCAGCAGCGACCUGGCGUUCGUUGUACUCCGGUCCAAGCUUGACAGAAGAAGACGAGGCCAAGGUAUGCGGGAUCGAUAAUGUUGGUGAGACGGUCCUUGGGGCGAGCAUGCCUAUGGCUUUUCUGGUGGAUGUGAUUCCGGCGAUGAAGAUGCUGCCCAAUUGGAUGGCCGGGUGGAAGGCUUGGGGAGAGGAGUGGUUUAGGGAGAGUGGCAGGUUCUUUCAUGGACUGCUUGAUGAUGGGAAGCAACAGAAGAAAGGCGUGGAACAUCAUGUUGGAUUUAUCGCAUCGACGGCCCCGUCAUUCAAGAAGUUUGGAGUCACAGAGCAGGAGGCUGCUUGGACUGCUGGAGGCCUAUUUAUCGCCGGUGUCGAAACAAGCGGAGCCACACUUCACUACUUCAUCCAAGCAAUGGUCCUCAACCCCGAAGUCUGCCGCGCCGCCCAAAAACACGUCGAUUCGGUCGUAGGGAAUCGUCCGCCUACGUUUGAUGAUCGCGAUCAACUUCCAUACGUCGUUGCUGUCGUGAAGGAGACUAUACGAUGGAGGCCUGUUGCCGCGCUUGGUGUUCCGCAUGUCGCUGAUGAAGACUUGGAAUAUCGCGGCUACGUGAUUCCCAAAGGCACGCAGAUCAUCGGCAAUAUCUGGUCCAUAGCGCACGACCCGGCCUACUUUCCAUAUCCAGAGCAGUUCCAACCAUCGAGGUUCAUCGACUCCUCCGGAAACAUCAAAGAGCCCUUCCCAAAUUAUCACGACGACAUCGUUGCCUUUGGUGCUGGAAGACGUGUCUGUCCAGGAAGAGACUUUGCCAACAACAUGCUGUUUAUCGACAUGGCUUACUUGCUUUGGGCUUUCGAUUUUGAGCUGGCCAGGAACGAGAUGGGAACGAGCAUGCCGGAUACGAUGAAGUUCGACGAUCAUGGGCUUAUCAUCCUUCCAGUGGAAUUUCCUUGUGUUGUCAAACCACGUCGGAAUGAUCUGGGCGAGCUGCUCGGUGACAUGUAG